UUGCGGUGCCAUAAUGCGGGUCUGAAAUCACUGCGCCUUUAAUCACAACAUGUGUGCGGUGCAUCAUGCGGGACAGUGUAAACAGCCGGUGAUAUCACCGAAUGUGUCCGCGCUGCCUGCAGGAUUAGAGCCGAUCAUCUGGCUGUGAGUCAGCCCUGGCGCAGGAUCCGAUCCGGGCUGCGGGGCUGUUGUUCAUGAGCGGCUGAAUGAAUCUUUGUACGAUAUUAAUCCUGGACACUUGUCUCGGAUCUCCGCUGCUGCGUUUCCCAGGAUCCUCUCUCUCUUAAGCGAACGAACAAACGAACGAAUGAAUGAAUGAAUGAAUGAAUGCAAGAGGACAACCAGCUUUUUUGUUUUCAUGUCUCAAGCAGCAGCUGACAUGUAAAACCUGUCGUCUGAAAACAAGCGGAGCAGCUGGCACGGAGCGCAGAUGCUGCUGCUGCCGCCGAGGAGGAUGAUGAUGGUGGUGAUGAAGAUGAUGCUGAGAGGCUGCUGGAGAUGAGCGGUAUUAAUAGGAAGGCUUGAGUGUCACAGUUCUCUCACUGUCGAGACCGGGGGGCUUGGUGGAGAGUCGGUGGACACCGGGUUUUUUUCGGGGGGGCUUUUUUUUCUGAUCCACACUGCAGCAGUUGGACUAAAGAAGAAGAAAACACAGAACGACAAACGGGGGGUUCAGUCGUCUACAGAAAAAAAGGCAACAUGGAGGUGCUCUCAGCUCUUAAUUUGGGCGAUUUCCCCCAAACUUUCUCCAAACUGGGAAUGUUUCCUGUGUUUGAUCUCGCUUAUUACAUCGUGUCCAUCCUCUACCUCAAAUACGAGCCAGGCUCGGUGGAGGUUUCUCGCAGGAGUCCCGUGGCCUCCUGGCUCUGUGCCAUGCUCUACUGCUUUGGUAGUUACAUCCUGGCAGACAUCAUGCUUGGAAGCAGCCCCGUCGACUAUUUCCAACACAACAGCCACAUCCUGCUGGCCUCAGCUGUCUGGUACCUCAUCUUUUACUGCCCACUGAACCUCUUCUAUAAAUGUGUGGCUUUCCUGCCCGUCAAGCUGGUGUUGGUCGCCCUGAAGGAGGUCGUCCGCACUCGUAAGAUCGCCGCCGGUGUUCACCAUGCCCACCAUGCCUACCACCACGGCUUCUUCAUCAUGGUCAUCGUUGGAUACGUGAAAGGAUCUGGAGUGGCUCUCAUUUCCAAUUUUGAGCAGCUGCUGCGCGGCGUGUGGAGGCCCGAAACCAACGAGAUCCUCAACAUGUCAUUCCCAACCAAAGCCAGUCUGUACGGAGCCAUCCUCUUCACCAUGCAGGAGGCCCACUGGCUGCCAGUGUCCAAGAGCACCCUCAUCCUCGCCUUCACCAUCUUCAUGGCCACGAGCAAGGUGGUGAUGACUGCCCGACACUCUCACGGCUCCCCCUUCGCCCUCAUCGAGUCCUGGGUUUGCCACCUGCUGUUCGGCUCCCCUCUGGGUGGAUCUGAGGAAGACCACCAUCACGCUCCCGCCGCCGCCCCAUCUUCACCUCUGAAAAGCAAGGAGGAGCUGAGCGAAGGGGCUCGCAAGAGGAAGGUCAAGAAAGCCGAGUAGGACGCCGCGCUGCUCUGGUGAAACUGCAUCCGACUCGCCCCCAUCAUGGUCUCCACAUGACGGAACUUCCCAUUCCUUUCCAGGGAAAGGGGCAGUUUGAUGUUUUACCAAGUGAGACCCUCUCUAUUAGAGCAAAAAUGGUGCUUUCUGCAUUUUACACAGCACGAGGACUCUGUAAAUACCACAGCAAAUGUUUCACACUUCAACCCAACCUGGACAUUUGAAACCUAUUUAUUUAUGUGUUUGUGAACAUCUGUGCUCAACAUCUGUGUGGUGAUCCACGUGUAGAAGCUGCAUGGGCCUCUGUUCCACAUCAGUAGUUGUGUUACCGGGUGUCAGUGGUUUCCUUUAAACUGAGUUCAGUUCAUCAAGAGAUAGAAAACGCAAAUUCACCCGACUCUCAAUCAGAAAUCCAAAUGUGAACAAAGCAUUAUGUGAGAGAACAUUGCUGCUUUUUACAUCGAGAUGAGACGACUUCAUGUCUUUCAAUAAAAUCAAGAGAAACAUUU